UGUACACGGACUUUGCUCGCAGCCUUACUUGGAACAAUGGCAGACGCAAAGUGUGCCUGCACAAGUUCUGCUGAUGCCACCAUUCAUGCUGAUGUCAAGGAUUACUAUGGCAAGGUUCUCAAGAAAACCUCCGAUUUGAAAAGCAAUGCUUGUGUGACCCCGACUCUUCCCAUCCCUGCCUUUAUCCACCAGGCUCUGAAGAAGGUGCACCCUGAGGUCACAGCCAGGUACUAUGGCUGUGGGCUGGUUGUGCCAGAGAGCUUGGAGGGCUGCAGGAUUUUGGACCUGGGUAGUGGAAGUGGGAGGGAUUGCUUCAUGCUAAGCCAGCUGGUGGGCGAGAGGGGUCAUGUCACUGGUAUUGACAUGACUGAGGAUCAGCUUGAAGUGGCAAGGAAGUAUGUCGACUACCACAUGCAGGAGUUUUGCUACAAGAAACCCAAUGUCAGUUUUGUCCAGGGCUACAUUGAGGCCCUGUCAAAGGCUGGGCUUGAACCAAGUUCAUUUGAUAUCAUCAUUUCCAACUGUGUGGUGAAUCUCUCUCCAGACAAGAAACAAGUAUUAACUGAGGCCUACCGUGUUCUCAAGGAAGGCGGUGAGCUGUACUUCAGUGAUGUCUACAGUAGUGGAAGACUAUCAGAUGAAAUUAAAAAUCACAAAGUCCUGUGGGGUGAGUGCAUCGGUGGAACGCUUUGGUGGGAGGAUCUACUGCAAAUAGCCGAGGAGGUGGGCUUCAGCCGACCACGCUUAGUCACAGCCAGUGUCAUCACUGUGGAUAACAAGGAACUGCAGGAAAUUCUGGGAGACUUCAAGUUUGUCUCUGCAACAUUUCGCUUGUUCAAGAUCCGUAAAGAUAAUACCAAGGCUUGUCAAAUCAUAUAUAAUGGAAACAUCACCGGUGUAGAGGAGAGCUUCCACUUUGACUGUCAGUACACCUUUAAGGUGGAUGAGGUAGUGGCCAUUGAUGGGGAGUUGGCAAGAAUCCUGAGCCAAUCCAGAUUUGCCGAGGAUUUCACGUUCCAACCACCCGGAGCUUCCUCUGAUCUCUGUGGUGUCAAACUGAAGGCAAGCAUUGUGAAUCCUUUUGAACUCAGCAAGCAAAUGGGGACUAAAAAUCCAGGUUCAACCACUGGGGGCUGCUGCAGUACACAGUCAAGUGCAUGCUGCAAAUAACAAGAACUUGAGCAAGAAAUGGCACAGAGAAAUAGAGGCCCAUUCAUUCACAUCAUGCUCUGUAUGCAUAAGGAUGACACGCAUAAUUUUAUUUUACUUCACAGAGCUGAAUCUGCCCUACAGUUUGUUUUGAUACUGUGUUUCUUGUUCAUUUCAAAUUUAAGCAUUAAAAGGGGGCCAUACUCAGAUAAUCAUGUGGAUGGGGUCCCUGGGAGGUCUGGUGGUGGUUCUUAAGUGAGCAGUUGUCAAUUAAAGUCACUCCGGCACUUAAGUAACACGAAUUGCAGAAAUAACCAGAGCAUUUUAUUCACAUUUUUUGUAGUUUCAACGUGUCAAAAUGAUCCUCAGCAGAAUUAAAACCAAUAAUUGUGACUUUUCCUUUCAUGUAUUUUUCAUCUGCUUAUAAUUUUAGUAAUAUUAAUGCUGAUAUCCGUUGCAUCCACAUCCCUCUUAGUGUCAUCUUUGUCACAUAGAUGUAUAUGCUAAAACGCCUUUGAUGAAAUUGUAUACUGAUCUUGCUUGACCUCCUUUGUGCAUAAAUACUGUGCACACUGACAGUGUAAGAUCUUUACUGUUUUAAUAAUGUCACUGUAGUGGGUGUAAUAAAAAGUUGAAAUC